AUGUCGUCCUCCCAGCCCACCCAAGCCCAGCUGAACCUCGCCGCACUCGCUCGUUCUCCAUCACCACGAGCCAUGCGAGGCCUUCGGAAGAUUCAGUCCCACGGGGUCCUCUCCCCCAACUCUCCGCAGCCGCCGCGGCCGUCCGGGUUGAGCAGGACACCCUACACGUCACAGCCUUCUACCGCGCGCACGUCCGCGACCGCAGAGGAACUCGCCCUGUUGGAUUCCCCCGUGCGGUUACGGUCUCAUCGUCGCGCGCGAUCAAAUAGCGAUGCCGGGUCGCGCGAGCUUCCGGCUAUUGGGACGCAGCGUCGCUCUAGGAAGACUGGGUCGGGGGUGGGAGUGAGGAAGUCCGUGCUAGAGUCUUUCCUGAGGGAUGGUCCCGUGGGAGGGGAUCUUAGUGAGGCGCUGCAGGAGCUGCGGUACUUGGUGUUGUCGACGCGCGUGGAAGCUGAUGGCGAUGGCAUGUCCACUUAUCGGGUCUACCUUUGGCUUGUCCUGUUGGAUAUCGCCCCCGUACCGACCGACAACUACCUCUCGCUCAUCCACCGCGGCCGCUCCCCGGCUUACACCAAAAUCCGCAACGAUACUUUCCGCACUCUAGCUACCGAUCCGCUGUUCAAACGCCGCGUCACGGAAGCCAGUCUGAUCCGGCUGCUCAACGCGGUCGCGUGGACGUUCCACGACGAAAAGAGGAAGAAGCUGCGCUCCAAAUCCCGCCCGUCGGCGCGUCGACGCGACAUCGAGCUGCUUAUCAACACGCCGCCCAGCAUCGCCGAGGAGGAGUCCGAACCGAGUAUCGCAACACCGAGUACCAGCAGCGUCACGGGCCACAGCGGCAGCAAUAUCACCAUCGACUCCGCCAUCUACGUGCAGGGCAUGAACGUCCUGUGCGCGCCGUUCCUCUACGCCGCCCGCAGCGAGGUCGAGGCCUACGCGCUCUUCCAUACCUUCGUCACCCGCGAAUGUCCAGGCUACAUCCGCGGCGCUAUGGACGGCGUUCACCGGGGACUGCGCCUCGUCGACCGCUGCCUUGAAAUCAUCGAGCCUAAGCUCGCGUCGUAUCUGUUCUCUAAGGGCAUGCACGCUGAACUCUACGCCUUCCCGUCCGUCCUGACCCUCUGCGCCUGUACCCCACCGCUCCCGGAGGUCCUCCAUCUAUGGGACUUUCUCUUCGCAUACGGUCCCCAUCUCAACAUCCUCUGCAUUGUCGCCCAGCUCAUCCGCAUGCGAGACACCAUCCUCAACAGCCCAAGUCCAAACAAAAUCCUCCGCUCCUUCCCACCGCUCGACGCUAAAGAGAUCAUCGCUUUGACGGUGUUGAUCGUCCGAAAGAUUCCGGAACCGUUGUUCGCGGAGCUGAUCGUCCAUGCUAAAUAG